AUGGCCGACGAAACAGCAGCAACGCCCUCCGUAACCCACGAACCGCCCUCCCUUCCCGCCUCCCCCCUCCCCAAACGCACCAAAGUCAUCGACGCCGCCCUCGCCGGCCCCUUCCCCACAGACAGCGGCACCGCAACGCCCACACCGCUCGCCAUGUCCACAUCCGCUUCUUCCGCUCUGUACCACGCAACGUCUCCAGCAACAAUGGGCGUGAAGUCCGCGCCCAAGGAAGCCCCAAUCCCAGUUCUGCAGGUGCAGAAGCUCUCGGAGAAGGGCCGCACGCCGACGAGGGCCAGCGCACUGGCGGCUGGGUAUGAUGUCUACAGUGCUCGGGAGGCGGUGAUUCCGGCGAGGGGGUGGGGGAUGGUGGACACGGAUGUUGCGGUGGGGGUGCCUGCCGGGACGUACGGCCGCAUCGCGCCGCGUUCAGGACUCGCGGCGAAACACGGCAUCGGUGUCAAUGCUGGGGUCAUUGAUGCGGACUAUACGGGCCAUGUGAGGGUUAUACUCAUGAACUUUAGCGAUAAGGACUUUGAGGUUAAGGAGGGGGAUCGGAUUGCGCAGUUGAUUGUUGAACGGAUAUACACGCCCGAGAUCGUCGAAGUCGAACAGCUGCAAAGCAGCGACAGAGGCGCUGGCGGGUUUGGCAGCACGGGCGGCUUCGGGGGCGUCAUUUCCAACGGCGCAUAG